AUGCCACAAGUUCAACUGCCACAAGCCGAGUUCAAGGUUGUCAUGCUCGGUGACGCCUUUACGGGGAAAACAUCGCUUGUCAUGAGGUUUGCAGAAGGAUAUUACAGGGAGACAUCACGGAAUGCAACGGUUGGAGCAUCCUUUACCACGAAACGGUUGACAGUACGAGGGGUAACUAGCAAAAUUCAAAUAUGGGAUACUUCCGGUCAAGAUCAAUUCAAACGGCUGGCGUCCAUGUACUACAAACAGGCGGCAGCUGCAAUUAUUUGUUACGAUAUUUCGUCUCCCGAAACCUUUGAAGCCGUGAAAUCGUGGAUUGACGAAUUGCAAUCAAAGGCUACCAACCGCAUUGUCAUUGGGAUAUGUGCCACGAAAUCGGAUCUAGUUCGAAAUGCCGACACGGCCGAGGUGGAACAACUAGCCGAGCAAACGGGUUCGAUUUUCUUUACCACAUCGGCCAAGGACAAUACCAAUGUCCAUUUAUUAUUUGAGAAGGUGGCGGAACAAGUUUUGGAAAUACAACAGGAACAGCCGGACGCCAUAAGUGUCAACCUGGUACACGGCGAGGAGACCAACCUAUCACCGCGACAAACUCCAAAGCCAACCAUGCGAGCUGUCGCUGCGGGCACUCCAGGAAAGAAUACCUACAAUAUGGCCAACUACAUGCCAGACACUCCCUACAUUGAUGAAAAGAAGGACGCAGACGAUAUUAUUGUGGACCAUGAGAAACACAAGAGAAAGAGCGGCAAGAAGGGGCAAUCCAAUGGAAUGUGUGGGGAUACAUAUUUGUGUGGUGAUUUGCCAGAGGAAAUGGUGCAGAAUAACUGUACCGUCUCGUAG